GAAUUGUCCUGAAAACAUGGAACCUAACUGAAGUCCCUGUGUCAUCUGUUUCACUGGAAAAGGAACAGAAGUCGCUUCCUGGCAAAUGCUGAUGCCUGGUCCUCUGAGGAGAGCACUGGGCCAGAAGUUCUCAAUCUUUCCAAGUGUUGACCACGACAGUGACGAUGAUUCCUACGAAGUGCUGGAUUUAACAGAAUAUGCUCGACGUCACCAUUGGUGGAACCGCUUGUUUGGCCGGAAUUCAGGACCAGUUGUAGAAAAAUACUCUGUAGCCACACAGAUUGUGAUGGGAGGUGUGACUGGCUGGUGUGCGGGAUUUUUGUUCCAGAAAGUCGGAAAGCUUGCAGCAACUGCAGUAGGUGGUGGCUUUCUUCUGCUUCAAAUUGCUAGUCAUAGUGGAUAUGUACAAGUUGACUGGAAGAGAGUUGAAAAAGAUGUAAACAAAGCAAAAAAACAGUUAAAAAAGCGUGCAAAUAAGGCAGCUCCCGAAAUCAACACUCUGAUUGAAGAGUCAACAGAAUUUAUCAAACAGAACAUCGUGGUGUCCAGUGGCUUUGUUGGAGGCUUUUUGCUGGGGCUGGCGUCGUAAGGACCCGAACAUCUCUUCCAGAUGGGAUCUGUGUCAGCCAAGAUCAGUUGUGACACACUCUCUGCAAGCAGUGUGGGUCACUGGACCUGCCAGAGCAAGACAAGAGGACUAGCUAGACAACUUGGGAGCUUUUACAUUUCAGGCUUUUGCCUCCUGAAGCUUGGUAAAACUAGGAUUUGCUGAAAAACUGUGCAGUGUGCUCAUUAUAGCGUUACUGGGCAAAACUGGUUCAUCCUCAUCAUGUCUCUUUUUAUCUAUGGCCUUUCAAGAUCUAGCAUUUUUUAAAAUGUUAUUCUUGGAAUAUAGCUAUGUAACCAUAUUAUAAGAAUGAAAGCUCCAUUUCUAUGUUUUCAGUUAAAUACUGUUUAUUUAAAAAGUAUUUUUCUUCAUGCUGUAGUAGGUAGUAUCAAUGACUACAUACUGUAUAUGAUAUUGUGUUUUCAGCCUCCUGGCUGUCCAUCUUCUUUGGAAGUCACUGCAAUAAUCUGUAAUACCUUUUUACAGAGUAUUAAAUAACAAAGAUUCAUGAGCUUA